UGAGUGCUACGUGUUCGAAAUUUGAUGCUUGGUGUGGAGUAACGAAGGGCGCAAUGAUGUGAAGAAAUGGUUGUUGAGAAAGGAAUAUAAAGAAUGGAGUGGUCAAGUUGCUGCAGAACCCUGGUGGCGGAAGCGGCCGCGGAGGUGGCGGUGGUCGGGAUUUGUUUUGACGAGUAAAAAGAAAAACCAAAAUGAAGGAUGCAAACCCAGCUCUGCCCAACGGUGGCUCUUACAGAUCUUCUUCAAGAUUUUCAUCUUUUUUGGCUUCUGAAGAUCGUGACUAUCUUCUCUCUCCCACCGGAGCUCAGGUCAAAGUUUCGAAUCUUGACGGCAAGGUUCUGGGUCUUUAUUUCUCUGCCAACUGGUAUCCGCCGUGCCGGAACUUCAACCAGAUUCUAGUCCGAACCUACGAGAAGCUUCAAGAUAAUGGGUCAAACUUUGAGGUGGUUUAUGUAUCCUCCGACGAGGAUUCCGACGCCUUCAAUGAGUAUCGUGCGAGUAUGCCAUGGCCGGCGAUUCCAUUUUCCGACUUAGAAACCAAAAUUGCUUUGAACAGAAAAUUUGAGAUUGAAGGUAUUCCGUGUUUGAUUAUAUUGCAGCCACUAGAAAAUAAAGAUGAAACGACAACGUUGCAUGAAGGAGUGGAAGUUGUUUACCGUUAUGGAGUGGAUGCAUUUCCAUUUACAAGGGAGAAAUUGGAGCAGCUGAAGGAAGAAGAUCGAGAAAAGGAAGAAAAUCAGACUUUGUUCACUUUGCUAACAAAUCAGUAUAGAGAUUAUCUUUUGGGUCAUCCAAUCCCUAAACAGGUGCCUGUUGUUUCAUUAGUAGGUAAAACCGUGGGGCUCUACUUCUCGGCGAAAUGGUGUCUUCCCGGUAUGUUCACGCCAAAGCUGAUUUCGGUGUACAACAAGAUAAGGCAAAUGGUACAAACGAAAGAAGACGAAGAUUUUGAGAUUGUUUUUGUGUCGAGUGAUAGAGACGAAGAUUCGUUCCAAUCUUACUUUGGUUCAAUGCCAUGGCUAGCAUUGCCAUUUGGAGACCCAAUGAUUAAAGAACUCGCCAAACAUUUUGAUGUUCAAGGCAUCCCUUGUUUGAUAAUCUUAGGUCCAAAUGGUAAAACAAUCACCAAACAAGGUAGAAAUCUAAUAAACUUGUACAGGGAAAACGCCUAUCCGUUCACGGAAGCAAGAUUAGAGGAGUUGGUUAAAGAAAUGGAGGAAGAGGCAAAAAAGCUUCCAAUAUCCGUACGCCAUGUCGGGCAUAGACACGAGCUGAACAUGGUGUCUGAAGGAAACGGGGGAGGACCUUUCAUCUGCUGCGAGUGUGAUGAGCAGGGUUGUGGAUGGGCGUAUCAGUGCCUUGAAUGUGGAUUCGAGGUGCAUCCAAAGUGUGUCCAGACGAGCAAGGACCACGACUCUCCCGUCAAUGGAAGGUGACAUGCUGAAGGUGACCUUUUGCUACUUUUCAACCAAACUGAGAUUUAAUUGCUUGGUUAUUUUAACUGUUUCUUUCUUUCUUUCUUUCUUUCUAAUUUAUAACCUCUAUCCAAGUACACAAUCUGCAGCUUGAAAACAAUUUGAUCGCUAAAUUAUUUUAGCGAGGGAUUUACUCAUUUCCAUUUUCAAAUGAUUAUGGAUGUGGCAUAAUGUCUUGAUGUGCAUAUAAGUUGUAAUAAGCGAGGUUCUAGGAGUGUGAGUUGGUAUAUAUUUGUUUGAUUCUUUGAGUUUUCGAGUUGAAGAAACCAUAAAUGGAAUGACCUUUUGGCGAGUUGUGUUUGAUCAA